AUGUCGGAUGAUCAUAAUAAUAACCAUAAUCAUAAUAAUAAUAAUCAUCAUCAUCAUAAUCUUAAUAAAAACUUUAAAUUGGCUGUACAUUUUGCACAACUUGGUAACGAUUCAGCAAUCGAAGGUGAUUUUAUUGAUGCUGUUAAAUAUUAUUCAAAAGCAAUUGAUUAUUGUCCAGAAAAUCAUUGUUAUUUUGGUUUCUAUUUAAAUCGUGCAUUAUGUUUAAUUAAAAUGGAUUUUUUCUAUUUAGCAUUACCGGAUACUAAUCAAGCUGUACGAUUAUCAUCAAAAAAUUAUAAAUGUUAUUAUAUUCGUAGUAGAAUAUUAAGAAAAUUAAAACAUUAUGAAUUAGCACAAAAUGAUUUGAAAAUGGCAUUAAAUUUUCGUCCAACAUGUAAAAUUAUUCGUGAAGAAUCUGAACGUAUAAUCGAACGUAAUGAACGUGAAUUUCGUUUAUUUAAUGAAAAAUUAAAAACAUAUAAUUUAAAUGAUAAAACCUAUUAUAAGAUAAAGGUAAAUUUUCAUCUUAUUAAAGCACAAGAUUUACCAACAAAUAUUUGGAAUUAUAAUGGAAUACGUGUAGAAAACAUUCGAUUUGAUGCUCCAAUCAAAUUGUUAAAAGAAUAUUUUUCAUUAUUCGGUAAUGUUGAACAUAUAAAACGAACAUAUGGUUAUCAUAAUGAUAAAUAUCAAAAUCAAAAUCAAAAUCAAUCAUCAUCAUCACCAUCAAUAUUUAUCUAUUAUUAUAAUCCAGUAACACCAAUGUUUACUAUUGCAUAUUUUCAAGGAAAAAUAUUUGAAGAAUUAUGUCGUUUAGAUGAACAAAAUCAACAAUAUAAAUCAUUACGUUUAUAUUUUGCACCAACUGAUCAUCAAAUUGAAUUAAAAUAUCAUCGUCCUAAUCAUCCAUCAACAACAACACAAGAAUGUUAUUUUUGGCGUACAACAUUCUGUCAUCUAAAAGAACGUUGUCCAAAAUUUCAUCUACAACCAUGUAAAAAUAUUGAUGCACAAAUAUGGAUGUUUAAAUGAAGAGAAAAAACAACAAAAAAAUCGAGAAGGUAUCCCAGAUAUGUACGUGGCAAUCCACAGUUAAGAAUAUUUCUGCCCGAUUUUUGGAUGAUUAUCAAAAAACCCGAACAACCAUUACCAGCUAAUAAAGUUAUGUUCAAAAUACCUGUUCAAAUGACCAGUUUUGAUGUAAAAAAUUAUUUGGAAAAAAUCUAUAAAAUACCUGUGAUGCAUGUUAAAACACGUGUUGUUUGUGGUGAAAUAAAAAAAGCUAAAUCAACUAAACCAUAUCUGAUAAAAGAAGAUGAUUAUCGGGAAGCGAUUGUCGAUCUGCCAAAACAUGUUCAAUUCGAAUAUCCAGAUCUGUAUGGUGGUGAUCGUGUAAAAUUAGAAGAUGAAAUUGAAAAACUUGAAAAACAAUUUGAAUUUAUUAAGAAACGUGAAAAACGUCGUAUGUUUGCUGAAAAUCGUCACAAUGUUCCCGGAUGGUUUUGAUUGUAAUUUUUUUUUAAUUAGUCAUUUUAAUAAUCAUCAUUAUUAUUAUUAUAAUUUCAAAACACACAAUUUAAUUGAAAUUUUCAUUCGGAAAAAUACUGAUUGAAU